UCACCAAGCAGCAACAAAUCCCCAAUCUUCAUCCACAUCCACUCGUCUUCUCCGAGCUAGUCGAGCGGCAACCCCCACCCGAUCCCGAUGGCGCCCAAGGCCGAGAAGAAGCCCGCCGCCAAGAAGCCCGCGGAGGAGGAGCCGGCGGCCGAGAAGGCGGAGAAGACCCCGGCGGGGAAGAAGCCCAAGGCCGAGAAGCGGCUGCCGGCCGGCAAGUCCGCCGGCAAGGACGGCGAGAAGAAGGGCAAGAAGAAGGCGAAGAAGAGCGUGGAGACCUACAAGAUCUACAUCUUCAAGGUGCUCAAGCAGGUCCACCCCGACAUCGGCAUCUCCUCCAAGGCCAUGUCCAUCAUGAACUCCUUCAUCAACGACAUCUUCGAGAAGCUGGCGGCGGAGGCGGCCAAGCUCGCGCGGUACAACAAGAAGCCCACCAUCACCUCCCGCGAGAUCCAGACCUCGGUCCGCCUCGUCCUCCCCGGCGAGCUCGCCAAGCACGCCGUGUCAGAGGGCACCAAGGCCGUCACCAAGUUCACCAGCUCUUAGGCGAUGCGGUUGUCUUCUCGUGGUUGGUUCACCCCUGUAGUAGGAUGGUUGUUGCAGCGGCGGUAGUUGCCCUGCUUUCCUGUAUCUCCAGUACUUGGUCGCCUGAUUAAUGUAAGAAGUGUGCGCGUGUGCUUUCGUGAAUCUGGUGUAUUGUUCCUGAGUAGUUCACCAAUGCAAUUUCUGAUUGCAAAUUCAUGUAUUGCCUGGAUUAAUUGUCCAUUCCCUGAGCAUCAAUUUCUGCUGA